CGCCGGCCGGUGCGGUCUGCUCGCCCGGAGCGCCCGCCGGCUCCCGGUGGGGGGGCCGGGGGCUGCUUAACCGGGUAUCUCCUCCGGGUUCCUCCUUCAGUGCGUGGCUGUGUGUUUGCAUUGACACACACGCACACCCCCCCCGCCCCAGCCGGGAGAGGGGAGCGUGAUCUGGUGAUUAAGCACAGCCGAUGUCUUUCGUGAAAAUGACUACCCCAAACAAGACACCACCUGGUGCUGAUCCAAAGCAGUUAGAGAGGACUGGUACUGUUAGAGAAAUAGGCUCACAAGCAGUUUGGUCUCUUUCAUCCUGUAAGCCAGGAUUUGGAGUGGAUCAGUUACGAGAUGAUAAUCUAGAAACUUACUGGCAGUCAGAUGGAUCACAGCCUCAUUUGGUGAACAUCCAAUUUAGAAGAAAAACAACAGUGAAGACGUUAUGUAUUUAUGCAGACUACAAAUCUGAUGAAAGUUACACUCCGAGCAAAAUCUCUGUCAGAGUAGGAAAUAACUUUCAUAAUCUCCAGGAAAUCCGGCAACUUGAAUUAGUGGAACCAAGCGGCUGGAUUCAUGUUCCUUUAACAGAUACUCAUAAGAAGCCUAUUCGCACGUUUAUGAUUCAGAUUGCUGUUCUAGCUAAUCACCAAAAUGGAAGAGACACUCACAUGAGACAAAUCAAAGUGUACACCCCAGUGGAAGAGAGCUCUAUUGGUAAAUUUCCUAGAUGUACAACAAUAGAUUUCAUGAUGUAUCGGUCAAUAAGAUAAAAUUUCCUACUGAGAAAUAAUAAAGGCAUUUUUUUGAUGGCAGUAUUGUUGCUUAAGUACUUAAAUGUACUUAAAUACUUAAAGAGCAGGAUUUACUUCAGUGUCAUUAUAUCUUUAUGUUUAUACUUUGUACAAUUUUGAAAUAAAGAUAAUCUUGUGUUACAGUA